UAGAGAGAGAGGGAGAGCUAAAGCUGGAAGCUUGAAACUUGAAGUGAUCACCAUGUCAAUCCCAAUCCUUGAAGCUUGCAGGAAGAAGAAGCGAAGGCCAAAGAUUUUCGGGUUGCAAACAUUCUGCGAUCCCGGUUGCCCGAUCAGUCUGAUUGGUCCGUUUCGCGAUAACGUUCGAGUCUUCCUUCAAGAAUGUGCCGAGCGUGAAGAUUACACUGUGCGGGGAAUGCCGAUUUGGUGCACUCUUCUUGUGCACGACAAUAGAAGCUUGGUUGUCCCUCUUUACACCAUUGAAGAGGACGUCAAGACCUCUGAAGAACCCUUCUGUGACCAAUGCCGAUGCACAGGUUGGAGCAAUCACUUUGUAUCGAAGAGAAAGUACCAUAUGAUAAUCCCAGUGGAGGAUGAGUGGCAUAAGCCUCUGGAUAAUGGUAUCCUCAAUCUUCCUACUCAUCUCUUGCAUGGCUUAAUCCACUGUAAUGGGUUUGCUCACUUGGUCUGCAUCAAUGGACUCGAAGGGGGUUCUAAGCAUCUCUAUGGCAGAGAGAUCAUGGAUCUUUGGGACAGAAUUUGCACUAAUCUUCGAACCAGGAAAAUCUCGGUUGAGGAUGCCUCUAAGAAACGUUCAAUGGAUCUACGCCUUCUUCAUGGUGUUGCUUAUGGACAUUCUUGGUUUGGUAGAUGGGGUUACCGAUUCUGCCAUGGCAGUUUCGGUGUGACAGCACACAAUUAUGAACGAGCAAUAGAGAUUCUCAGCUCUUUAGCACUUGAAAGGAUCCUCCAAGAUUUUAUUGACAUGGACGGGUGCGAAGAACUGAAACAGAUAAUCCGCUACUACAGAAAUUUGAGUGAAACAAAAUUGGUCACAAUUAAGGAUCUUCUCCGGUUUAUGCUAACUGUCAAGUCCAGUGUUCCUGGACAGAAGAAGUCAUUAAUGGGUCCUGCUGAAGUUUCAUCCUUCGUUGUAAAAUCUGCAACCAAGGCGACUCUCCAGGUCAAGCCCUCAAUGAAGGAAAAGUCUGCAAAGUGCAGGAAGUUCAGUACCAUUCUUGCUCACAUGGAUAGCAGAUGGCCUACAAGAAGACUAGAGUUUGCAGCAGAUGUGAUUGUGAAUGCAUUGCAAGAAAAGAAAGAGAGUGGUCAUGGUGGGAUGACCCGGCAAGAUGUGCGAGAUGCAGCUCGCUUACAUAUUGGAGAUACUGGCCUUUUGGAUUAUGUGCUGAAAUCAAUGAAUAAUGUGAUAGUUGGGAAUCACAUUGUGUGUCGUGCAGUGAACCCAGCAACUCGGAUUUUGGAGUAUACAGUUCAUGAUCUUGCAGAUGGGGUUAAGGUCUCGGAACCUGGGAAAGAGAUAGUUGCUCAGUCUUUUCAAUCAGCAACUCUAUUUCCUGGAGUUGAUGUAUACAAUGAUGUGCUUUAUCUAUAUGAGCACGUGCUGUUGGGAUACCCAGAAUCAGAGCUAGUGGAUUUGGCUACUCGAGCAGUAUUGGACGCCAAGCACUUCGUGAAGGAAUGUCCAUUUCGGGAUGAUGAAGAGCAGUGGUUGACAUUCUUUUGCCAACUCUUGCCCAGCUCGACUGAUAAGGAAAUCGAAUUCAAGAGGGGGAUGCCGCCUGGUGAAGUAGUAGUUAUGCCACUGCAUGCAACAAUUGGAGAGCUAAAGCGAGCAGCUGAGAGUGCACUGAGAGAUACUUAUUGUAUCACAGAACAGUUUGUGGUCAUGGGAAUCGAAGGCUUAGAAGAAAUGGAUGAUAUGGAAGUACUUUUUGGAGUAGCUGAAUCGGGAGCAGAAGUUGGUGUGAGAGGAAGCGGGAUAGAUUUAGACACGCCACUGAGGUAUGAAGGCGGAUCAGACACUUGGAUGGUGAGAUGUGAGUGCGGGGCUAGAGAUGAUGACGGGGAGAGGAUGGUGGCAUGUGACAUCUGCGAAGUGUGGCAACAUACACGCUGCUGUGGAAUUGAGGAUGCUGACACUGUUCCACCGCUGUUUGUGUGCUCUGCCUGUUGUGUUUCGCUGGUGCCUCCUAGAAUUGAACCCUGUCUCAGGUUCGACUGCUCUGAUGCUUUUUCCAUUUGCUGCAGACACUGAACAAGGACUGGGAUUGGGGUUGGGGUACUAAUGCAAAUGAUUUGUGCUGAUUACUAGCAGCCUAGGAAUGACAAUGCAUAAAGAUUUGCGAAUAUUCUUGUUCCUUCGAUAAUAGUAACUGUAAAUGUCAUACUGGAAUUCAGUCUUUCAGACA